CAUUUCCUUAUUUCGUUAAUUUUAUGAUUAUUUAGAACAAAAGGAAAAUCUGAAGUAUUCUAGAAAUGUAUUUAAUCGAUUGUAAGUAUCAUUUUUGAACAUAUAUAUCUUUUUAUUUCGACGUAUCUUGCAGAAAUUUUGGGCAAGCAUUUCCUCGCUCUUCUGACAUUAUAAAUCAAAACCUCGUCACUACGUGAUAAGUAGCGAAAGGCUUUUAACUCCCUUUUCCUUUCCUAUCUUCAAUUAACUAUUCUCUAUUCUAUUACAAAUCUCUUUCCCGAUUUCACACUCAACAAAACAUGUACAGAUUAAAAUUCAACCGCAUUCGUCGUUUCCAACUCUAACGGCAUGAUAAAAAAGGUUAUAAAGUAUCACACGUCGAUCGCAAAGGGAAUGUCGGUAAAAGGGGAAGUCAUGAGUGUCCACGGUCGGUAAAGCAAACUGGCGGUGACUCAACUAUCCGGCAGAUGUCGCGAGGCGACAAGUUUCAAGGUCCCGCAGUGUGACAUUUGCGAGCGCGCAGUGUCGAUCCCGUUUCCGGUGAUUAAUCGCCGAAACCUUCGCUGGACUCGCGCCGGGCUCUACUCACCUUCCUGAAGAAUACACCUGUAAAGCACCGGCAAAGUGAUAAACGACAGCGGAGAGUAACCAAGGUUGGCCUCCGCGUUCCGAUCAGCCGAUCACCGGCGGUUAUGCCAGAGAGUACGGAACGCGCGCGAGUUCGCGUCUCCUUCUCUUGUUGCCGACGGUCGUCUGCCGUACGGGUUGCGUAAGUUGUAUAACGGCGGUGCGGACAUCGUCGAUGAGGUGUCGACGGCGCGCGCGCUCGUGCCUCUGACGACGACGACGUCGUCGCUCGUCUCGAGCGUCGCGUGUCACAGCGUCAAGCGUUGCCGUCAGUGCGAGGACGCGUCGUCGGCCUGCGUUUGAUCGAGCAUAUCAGCGACAACAACGUCGCCGAUAACGACGACGACGAGGACGAGGUGGUGGAAAGCAGAGCCGACGAUUCACGGCUACGGAGCUACGGAGAGGAGAGACAGAAGGCGGCGAAGGAAGAGGAGGAGGCGAGGAAGAGGAGAACGCGAUACACUCGUCGUGCGUGUGUGCGUGCGUGUGUGCGUGCAUGUGUGCGGGUACGGGCGGACCCGUGAGGACGGCGGGAAUCGACGCGAGACACGCGGGACACGAUGACGGCGAUGCUGGUGUCCGUGGCGGAGCUGUCCAAUAUCUUCUCAGUGCUCGCCGUGCUGAUAUGCUUCUGCGGGGUCAUCCUGUUUAUCAUGAGAAAUAUGAUGGUGCUCCGCGUCCACGGCGACGACCUGAUGUUCGGCGGCAGCGGAGGCGUGAUAACGCACACACCGCGAAUACCGCAGAUGGAGAUGAUGAAGGUCCACAUUCCCUUCACCUUCAAGCUCCACGAAAGCUUCAAGAGCACGUACGCCGAGGUGGAGUGCGAAGUGUCCAGCCAAGUGGAAUACUCGCUGCAGGCGAUCUGGGGUGUUAGCAUCAGGGAGCUGCAUCUGGCGCUCUGGAAACCUUGGAGCACCCUGCGCGACGCGUCCUUGAAUGGGACUCUCCUGCAAGGUUACGCGCAGCAUCUCACUCCGCCACAAACUAGACAGCCACACGGAGAGGAGACGCUGAGACUGUCGCUCCCGGCGCCAGAAUUGGAGCUUGGCACUCCGCCGCGACUCUGUUACCCCUUGGUAAUCUUUCUCACACGGAGGGACAACAAGGACCCCCAUCCUGACGAAACUGUGGCGUUGGUGAACGUCGUUCAUAUCAAGGACAGCGUGUGCACAUUGCCGACUUCGAUCUUGGCGCAGUACUUGAAACAGGCGAAUGGUCAGUUGUCCUGCUUAAAGCAACUGUACCUGGCGACGGGCAACUCCAGCAACUACGACGAGAGCGACGUGUCGUCGGGGCUGGGGCCGACGCCCGCGCUGGCGCUCGCCGAGCCGUGCAACAACAACAACAACGGCGGCGGCGGCGGCAGCGGCAGCGGUCGCGGCGCCUUGGUGGCAUCCGGUCAGGGCGGCGAUCAGGACGGCGGUUCUCUGUGGAACAGCGCGGGCGAACAGCUAUGCGUGGUGUGCCAAUACUUCCCGCUGUCGCGCGCUCUGCUGCCAUGCCGGCACACCUGCAUCUGCGCCUCAUGCUUCGGCAAACUCGACCGCUGCCCGAUGUGCCGCAGCCCCAUCAAGAGCUACUUUUGCAUACGCAGCGAGGAGUACAUGCCGCCGGAGAAGGAGAUCAAUCCGUGUAAGCAACGUCAGCAGAGCCACGGGCCGACACACUGGCUGCACGACUGGAACGACAGACUCACCGACUUUCUGGGCUUCGCUCGAUAGGGAGGACGCGCUCUAUGCGUUAUGGUGCUGUCACAACGUUUCCGCGAUCAGGUUGCUUCGUGGAAAACGCUGUCCCCGAGAGCGAAAGAAUCCGGCCGUUUGUUGCGCGAGCAAUCCGAUAAUUUCGAAGAGGCGGGAUCGAUCUUAAAGACAGGGAGAAAGAGAGAGAGUCACGAAGAGACGUUUGUUAUAAGUGAAUAUAUAUUUUUGGAUCGAAGAGGCGAGAUUACUCCCGGUGGCGUUACGUUGCUCUUCGUGUAACAAAAAGUCGAGUUGUUGCAUGUUGUUGGUGAACUGUAUGGCAAUCGCUGUGAAACAACAUCGUUGUAGUCGGUAGUUAAGAUUCAAUGACGGCCGGGUCGUUGCUCGAAGGUGUCUCCUCCUUGUAUACUAAGGAUUCAGAACUUGUUUUCUAGGCGCUCCAGCUAACGACACCUUUACCCCUAGAAAACGAACACUCCUACCGGAAAUCCACCGUUAACGUCGUUACGAUCGAGACACGCUGUUCCGUUUAGCAGGUAAUCUCCACAGAUUCAUUUUAGUUAAACGCGACGAUAAAGAUUUAAUAUACAGUUGUUAUAACGCGAUGCCGAGUGCGCUGUAAUUUAUUAUCCUCCAAGUAUUAGCUUACGGUUUCACGUAAACCCGACCGAUUUUUCUUUCGACUUUCCAUCGAUGUGUGAAAACCAGUUUUAUUAUAGAGUCACUUGACGAGGAAAACCGACGUCUAUUUGUUUUAGUUUUCGACACGAGUCUGCUAAUGCCUGCGUCGAAGUAUUAUUAACGUUACGUGCAUAUUAAUCAGUUGAUGCAAAAAGAAACAUUCGAGAAAAGGAUUCUGAGAUACCGCAGAAAAUUCACCAUCAGCGAUAUUAUGUCGUUGCUUGACUAAAAAUAUGCACAUUGGGCUGGCAAUUACGACAGACAAUUGCCUGAUAUGUCAUUAAUGAAACGUGUCGUAGAAUGGUUUAGAUUCUGGUAUUCUUUCUCAAGUCAUCAUCCAUAACGAUUUUCCUAAAUUGAGUCUAAUUCUUACUUUAUAUCUCUUUGUUAAUAUGUAUACACGCUCUUCAUAUAAACUGGUAUCACAGAAACAUCGAUAUUUGUAAGAUUGGGACAAUGUUUCGCGGUCGUAAUUAAUUUGCCUAUGUCUGAGAGAAAUUGGAUAGUCUGGAUAGACCCAUUUGUGUUAAGAAUAGACCACGUUUUGAUAAAACUUUUCACAACACAACUAUACUGAUAUAAGGUGACCCUACGUGACGCACGAGAUAUUUAAUCUCUUCAUUGUACACUAAAAUUCUUGACUUAAGAUUUUCCAAUGUGUGUCCAGUACAGAAGUAACAAUAAAGUAACGCGUACAAGUUUCUUAGAGGAAGAAAAGCUGUAGAAAUAAAUGUAACUUAUACUUGCUGAGAUCCUCAUCUUUUUCUUUCUCUAUAGGGACUCUGUCAAUAGUAAAAAUUGCAAAAUAUAUAUCAAGCAAUCAUCAUACAGCAUUAGUGAGUGCAUUUCUAAAAAAUAAUGUUGCUCAUAUAUUCUAUGUCUUUGGUUUUUUCUUAGAAAAUCUGUUCUGCACUUCAACAGAAAUCUGUGCAAAGUAUAUUUCAAAACCUAAAUAUGCGUGAGCUCUGAUCGUAAAUUUUGUUUCCCAAGUCAUUGAGACGUCGAUUAGUCAAUGUUAAUAAUUAAUGUGGUUAAUGUGGUAAUAUUUUCAUAAGGACUGGCACAGAUUCUUACGACAUACGUUCUCAUUGGAUAUUUAGCCUUGAUAGUAAAUUUCACUUAACAUGAGAGUAAGAGAGACGGUUGAUAUAUCACUAAUAUGUUUUUCUCCUUUUCACGCCGAGUACUUAAUGCGCUUCAUAACAUCAGUAUUAUUCCAACGUCUCAACGAUUAUCACUAUCGUUCUCGAUUUACUUAAUAAUAAAUCUGUGGAGUUUGCUUUCGAAAUACAGCGUGACUUGACCAUUUUGACACAGACUAUAUUUCGACUUAUUGUUUGUUUAUGAGUAGGCUAUGGAAGUGCGUGACGUUUCACAAUGAGCCUUCCCGGGUGGGUGCCGAAACCCGUUCUAAAGUGCUUCGAUUGCUGCCAUGACGACGCACGUGAAACUGUUUGCGCGCACACGAGGUUUCUCGGAAUCAGGAACCAAAUAGUUUAUUCAGAAAUAUUGCAGCUUUUUGCUGGCGAAUUAACGAGGAUUUUUUCUUGAACAAGACGUUGAGGUAUAGACUUUUUCCUACUCAUCUAAUUUCAAAGAUUUCAAUAAAAUCAAACUAUACUUAUGCAAGAUUACAUAAAGAAUAUGACAACUGUAUAAAAAUUAUAUAAAAAAAUAUAUAUAUCAUUUUUAUGUAGUUUUGUAUAACAAUGUAUUUUGUAUAUAAUAUUUUAUAGUUAUUCUCAUAUAUGUAUAUACAUUGAAUGAAAAUUAUAUUUAUACAAAAUUUGAUUUUAGAAUAUGUAGAUCCGCAAUACGUUAGGAGAAAGUAAGUUCGUCGUUUUUCUUUCUCUCGGUUCCGAAUCCAGGCCGAGGUAUCCGUUGAACGCUUCUCGUGAGGACAUUCGUUGAUUCCGAGACACCCUAUACAACCAUAAACCCCCUCCGCUUUGUCGUUCGCGUCAUCGGAGCAAUUAAGCGGGCUCACCUUAACAGAUUUCACACCACCCGAUUAGGAAGAUCGUCCCUGAAAUUUCACGCGCUUCCGCACUCUGUUUACGAGGCGGACACCGCGCGAUUCAGUUCGACCGUCGUGCUCGUCGGACAAUCGGGUGGCCUAUCCGACGGAGAACUUUUCCGGGCUUCUCUCAAAACCGAGAAUCGAAUUCGAUCGGAUGCAUCAGUGCGCACUGAGGCUCGCACGAUCUAAAGCUCGUCGUACACGAAUCAACGCAAGACACUCGGCGAAUGUUCGGCGGAAUAUCCGGUUGGAUGUUGUCGAAUCGAGACGACGCUUAUAGAUAAUAGAUAAUAAAGACACCUCGACGCACAAUCAAUCGAGAUAGAGCGAGAAUGGGACCAGUGAGAGAUAGAUAACACUCCAGUAUCUAUAAUGUGACCAAGAACAAUGCUGCGCCAUUCAGGAGGGUCCAAAGUUUUUCGUGUACAAUCAGUGUGUCAGGAGGCGUUGCGAUUUCUCAUUUCCAUUGUGUCGACGCCUGCACGUUAUCAGCUAUGAUUCAUCGUCAACUCCUUGUGUAAUGAGUCACUGCCUGGGGAAAAAAUAAUUCUGUAUAAACUUUGUCUCUAGGUGGCAAAUAUAUAACCAUAUGUAAUUACAUGUAUCCAUACAGAGAAGAGAUGCUGUUGCAUCGAAGUAAAUGCUUGUGUUUCCAGCGGAUCAUAAUGUCGACAUUUAAUGGAACAAAACUGUCCUUUCUCCGUUUAACAACAUUUUUUCCAUAUGUGGAUAUACAAGAUGUGUGUAUAUAUGAUUAUAUAAGUAACCGCAUAAUAGAGGGGAAAAAUUCAUAUAUGAAAUAUCUAUUAUUAUACAGAAUUAUUUUGUCCCCGGGCUGGUAUUACGUUUCUCUUCAUAGAUGAAUUCAUCCAGACGUACAACGGCCUUUAACUCGCGCCAGUGUGCACCAUAUGCAUCCAAGAAUACGAUCCACCGGACGCUUCCAAGUAUCUCAGCAACAUGCUUAAUUGAUACAUGUAUCAUCAACUGAUCGAAGCCUACAAAACGUCUAGUUGGUCGUGUCUCACGUCGAAUUCGAAAAGAGAGAAGGGGAGGGAUCGCGUGAUGUCCUCCUGUAUUCUCCUAGGUGUCCGUGUAUAUAAGAAUCACAAGUAGCGUUAACUGGCAGAAUUUUUUAAUAUGUGACUUUUUGUAUAAGUAUGUUAAAUGUAAAUGCAUCGUGUCGCGCGAGAGUCUUACGGUGUGUUGUAUCGUCAUUAAGUUGUCCGAUUACUACAGUAUGUACGAUUAACACGUAAAUUUACUUCCUGCACGGGGGAGUGCUCGUAAGAAGAGUCUCCUUGGAAGAAAUUCAUGUAGUUGGAGUAUUUUAUGAGGAUCCGGUGUCUUGAUGUUGGCGCUAUGAAAUAGCGUGUGUCCUUGGGGUUUAGCGUUGAACGCGAACGCGGCACACGGAGUAUUCGACCGGAAUCUAAGAGAGAGAGAGAGAGAGAGAGAGGGGGAGAGAGAGAGAGAGAGAGAGAAUUAAUUGUAGAUUAAGAUCAUCACGUUAAAAUGUUUAACGCUGUAAAUAGACAGACUGUGAUAAUUCUAACAACGUCUGCGUGAAUUUAAGAAAAGGCGAACGUCCUUCCGUAAAACGGGACGACGAGGAGGAGAAAGGAUUCGUUUUGAGAACCUCUCGAGCAAGGCGAGAGGGAGUCCGCAGGGAGGGAGAGAAUAUCGAAGAUACACACAAGAGCGAAGGCCUUUGCAGUCAAUUUACCGUAAAAGAAAUUAAUAUCUUAAUUUAUGUCUUAUAUAAGCGAUAGAAAAACGUGGAUAGAUGGAACAUUUCGUUUUAGAGAAAAGCACACUUGUACAUAAUUUAUUUAAAUAAAGUGUAUUAGCUGGCA